CCCUCCGCCAGCCUUUCUUUCACCCCCUCAGUUAACGCGAGGAGCCCGUUUACCGGGGGAGGAACCCAAACCGGAGAAGGCGUUACAGCGGCACGAAGGAGGGGCAGAGCGAGCCAGUAGGAGGGGGCGGGCGGCCGAAGCGGCCGGGCCUGCCCGGCUUCUCACCGCCCCAUUGGGCGGACGAGCCGGGGAGAGCAGCGGCGUCGGCGUCUCACGUAGCCUUCUCAAGAUGGCCGCCUCUCCUGAGCGACCUGCGGAGGCGGCUGUUGUGGGAUUGGCGAUACGGAGGGAGCGCUGAGGAGCCAGACAGACAGCCGGCUCCGUGCGCCUUGCGGCGGCGAGAGCCGAUCUUGUGGGCUGCUGCGGCUGUGCACGAGCCCACCAUGCGGCGGGGCUAGAGCCGGAGGCUUCCACCGCCUGUAAUGAUGUUAGCUGAGACCAGUCUUUCCAUAUGGGGAUGGGGAAGCCUCGUCAUCGUGCUUUUUUUAAUAAAGUUUGGACCGUUUAUUAUAUUUUACAUCUUCUGCUUUGUUGGUGGGGGAUUUGUGGUAACAUUUUUGUUUGGAAAAACCAGUUCAGAGAAGUACCUUGAACAGUGUGAGCACUCCUUCCUUCCUCCAACAUCAUUUGGCAUUACUAAAUGCAUAGAUGAAAUGAAACAAGAAAGCAAAUCCAUUAAAAUUGAUAGAAGGCUGACCGGUGCCUAUAUAAUUGAUGAACCUCUACAGCAAGUUAUUCAGUUUUCUCUGAGAGACUAUGUACAGUAUUGGUAUUACACACUAAGUGAUGAUGAUUCCUUUCUUGUUGAAAUCAGGAAGACUCUUCAAAAUGCACUAAUUAAAUUUUCUACUAGGUCAAAAGAAAUAGAUUGGCUGCCUUAUUUUGCUACUCGACUUGUAGAUGAUUUUGGCACCCAUCUCAGAAUAUUCAGAAAAGCUCAACAAAGGAUAACAGAAAAAGAUGAAAAAAUGAAAGCGGAGGAUCUUGUAGAUACCUUUUUUGAAGUUGAGGUUGAAAUGGAGAAGGAAGUCUGUCGUGAUCUAGUCUGCACAUCUCCCAAAGAUGAAGAAGGGUUCCUAAGGGAUUUAUGUGAAGUUUUACUGUAUUUAUUGCUACCUCCUGGAGACUUCCAGAACAAGAUCAUGAGAUAUUUUGUCAGGGAAAUCAUUGCUCGAGGAAUUCUUCUUCCAUUAAUAAAUCAGCUCAGUGAUCCUGAUUAUAUUAAUCAGUAUGUCAUAUGGAUGAUCCGUGAUUCCGUUUGCAGCUAUGAGGCCUUUAUGAACAUUAUUAAACUGAGUGACAAUGUAGGGGAGCUGGAAGCAGUAAGGGAUAAAGCAGUGGAAGAAUUGCAGUAUCUUCGAUCUUUAGAUACAGCUGGAGAUGAUAUCAACAAUAUUAAAAAUCAAAUAAAUAGCUUAUUGUUUGUGAAGAAAGUGUGUGAUUCAAGAAUACUGAGAUUGCAGACAGGAAAAGAAAUAGAUACUGUGAAACUGGCUGUAAAAUGUGGAAAACUUUGCACAGUCCCUCUGGACAACAUUCUAGUACACAAUAUUGCACUACAAUUUUUUAUGGAUUACAUGCAGCAGGUGGGAGGCCAAGCGCAUCUCUUCUUCUGGAUGACAGUAGAAGGAUAUAGGGUUACAGCACAGCAGCAGCUAGCUGUGCUAUCAAGCCCUAAGAAAGAUGGAAGGCAUCAGACAACUCAAACCAAAGACCUGUUACGAACAGCUGCAGUUGGAGUUUAUGACCAGUAUUUGUCAGAGAAGGCAUCACCAAGAGUUAAUAUUGAUGACGCCUUGGUAGCAAAGCUGGCAGAAAAACUGAAUCAUGAGGACCCAACCCCAGAAAUAUUUGAUGAGGUUCAAAGAAAGGUAUAUGAGUUGAUGCUACGGGAUGAGAGAUUCUACCCUUCAUUCAAACAGCAUGUAUUGUAUGUACGAAUGCUUGCUGAACUAGAUAUGCUGAAAGAUCCUAGCUUCAGAGGAUCAGAUGAUGGUGAAGGAGAAUCAUUUAAUGGGUCUCCUACAGGAAGCAUUAACUUGUCAUUAGAUGACCUUUCAAAUGUGUCUUCUGAUGAGUUUGUACAACUGCGUGCAUGUAUUUCAGAUACCGUCUUUGCUGACUGUGACCCAUAUGCCAUGGCAGGAGUUUGUAAUGAUCAUGGCAAGACAUAUGCGCUGUAUGCUAUCACUGUUCGUCGUCGAACUCCAAAUGGUGAAGAAGUGUGGAAAACAUACCGUCGCUACAGUGAUUUCCAUGACUUCCACAUGAGGAUUACUGAACAGUUUGAAAACCUAGCAAGUAUAUUAAAGCUUCCUGGCAAAAAAACAUUCAAUAACAUGGACAGGGAAUUUUUAGAAAGAAGGAAGAAAGAUUUAAAUACAUACUUGCAGCUUUUGCUAACUCCUGAAACGAUGAAAGCUUCCCCAGGUUUAGCACACUGUGUAUAUGACUUUUUGGAGAAUAAGGCCUACAAUAAAGGAAAAGGAGAUUUUGCUCGGAAGAUGGACACAUUUGUAAACCCACUGCGUAAUUCUAUGAGAAAUGUUUCAAAUGCUGUCAAGUCCCUCCCUGACAGCUUGACAGAGGGGAUGACUAAAAUGUCAGACAACAUGGGCAAAAUAUCAGAAAGAUUGGGACAAGACAUAAAGCAAUCCUUUUUCAAGGAGUCUCCUUUAAUGCAGAAGACAUAUGUUGAUCCUGAACACAGCCGUGUUGGAGCACAACUUGAGGACGUUGUGGAUGACACGAUCCCCCUUAGAAUAAUGCUGCUACUCAUGGAUGAAGUCUUUGAUCUGAAGGAGAGGAAUCAGUGGUUACGAAGAAAUAUUAAAAACUUACUACAGCAGCUUAUUAGAGCGAUGCAUGGAGACACACUAAACAAAAAAAUAGUUGAUCACGUUGAUUGGAUGACCUCUCCUGAACAAGUCGCAGAUGCAGUGAAACGGUUCAGAGAUGCCUUUUGGCCCAAUGGCAUUUUAGCUGAAGCUGUUCCACGUAGAGACAAAGCCAUCAGAAUGCGAACAAGAAUAGCUGGGAAAACAAAAUUGCUUGGAAUAAUGCCAGAUGAAUUGAAGCAUAUCCUUGGGGCUGAGACAACAAGAAAGGGCAUUCUCCGUGUCUUUGAAAUGUUCCAGCACACCCAGCUCAACAAGAGGAUGGUAUAUGUCUUUCUGGAGGGCUUUUUGGAAACUUUAUUUCCAAUGUAUAAAUUCCGUGAGCUCUUCAACAAACUGCAUUCACGUUCCAAGCAGAUGCAACGAUACAAGCAUAGACCACAAUCUACACAAGCGCCUUCUUUACAAAAAAGGUGACACUCCAAACUAUGAUGCUGGUGUCCACUUGCCCUGGUCCUGGGCAAAUUCUCUGGGGCUUAAAACUCUCAUGCUGUUAUUUCUGCACCAGUCUUUUAGUGUCACAUAUUAGAUUAUUAAUACAUCCAUAAGAAAUGUGGUUCUCCUCAUCCUUCAUCUAUAACGCAGCCACUAUGCCAUGAACUGGGUUCAUGUGUCUUAAAUGAUCUGGUGCAUUGUCAUGCAACACUGAGAAGCAUACUAGCCUGUUCUAUGAGAACAUCUGUUCCUUCCACUCCUGACAGAAUUGAUGAUUGCCAGCAAUGAAAAAAUGCUAGACUGUCCACUGGGAGAUAAGUAAAGCACAACUUAUGGUGAUAGCAAUGGAGGACUUGACUGCUUCGCUUGCAACUGGGAGAUUGUGCAAUGUGAGAAUCAGGUGUGAUUUGAUUUGCAUUAUGACUAUUGAUGCUUUGUUAAGUCUUGAUCAGCAGCUCUGGACAAAUUGACCUCACAGGAAGUCUUUUGGAGCAGCUGGUUUUGAGAAAUGUUGUUAUCCCAAAAAACUACACUUGCUAAAUGAAAGCUGUGAAAUUGUGGCACAAAAUCCCUAUUAAUGAUCCCCUUUCUGGAUUUAGAAAAUAAACUAAAUAAACUGUCUUGGUUGGGUUUAUUAUUCAGUGGGGAAGGGCAGAAGUAUAGGGAAAAUAAACAGUGGUAUGGAUUAGCAUCUUUAUAUGCAAUCUGUAUAUAAUUUUAAAAGAAAAGAUUCAUAAUAACCACCAACUAAAGGAAUGGGUGGAUCUCUAGAAAAAAGGGGUGUUUUAAAAAAAGGGGAGAAGCAAAUUAUAAUUCCUUUGAGAACCUGUUUCAAAAGGACUGUACUGUAUGCCAUUUAAAGUCACCCUAAGAUACCACACCUCGUGGAAAACUACUAAAAUGACUUAGUUUCUUACUGACAUGAAAGUCUUCUGGACUUCAUUGAACAGUCAUAUGCAAACAAUUGCAAAUUCCUGAAUGCACCAUUGUGUAUAUAUGAAAAUAAGAGACACAACUACAAUAUUUUUUUAAAUAACUAUCUUUUUUAUUUUUUUGCAUAAUGUAAAAUUUUAAUAAAUAAAACCUCUUCUACACAAAAAGCCCCGUCUACUUUCCUCUUUCCUUCUAAACAUAAUGUCUAAUUGAGAAUGAAGUAAUAAUUGACUGCACUUGCUUAGCCUUAAUUUAUCUUGGACUUAGCAUCUCCUUUUCUGACUCUUCUUGAGCACGUUCAACAAGCAAGAAAUUAUUAGAUACUGGUUAUAAACCUCUGACUAUCCUGUUACAUAGCUGAAAGUGCAAACAUCUGCAAUAAGAAGCAUGUAAUACUCUCAUAUUAAGCACAUUUCUUGGAAGAAACUUAAUUUCUAUCAAAGGACUUACUUCCAAGCUAUGUUAUUCUAGUGGGGGUGUAAAUUCAGUACUUAAAGAUCUUUGAACUGAGAUCCUUAUGUAGUAAUUUAAAAGUCAGAAGAAAAUAGUUCAAACCUUGGAGGAGAAAAGGGAAGGUCCAGUGAGGUGUACCCAAAAAGGGCAUCUGUUUGAGGCCUGAAUAAGCAGGUCUCCUAUUUCCUUCUUGUCACCCUACUUGGACCCUCUCUGUACUAUGACAUCUGCUUCAAGGUGGCCAUGCUGUAAUAGAAAUAUUUUGCCAUCAUUAUUACAGCAUGUAUGUAUUCAAGUGCAUUUUUCUUCAUAUCUACAAACUGUAUGUGUAAUCUCUUAAACCAGUAAAAGGAGAGCUAAGAUAACAUGUGAAGUAUCAUUGCUCUGGUCUGUCAUUCUCCAGGUUCUUAGGUGAAGGUUGCAAUUAAAAUGUUAACAAAUGUUCUCUGGGCUUAAUUAGACAUGAUCUGUGAUCAGAAUAGUCCACUUACUUUUGAAAAUGUAAGCUGCUGCAUGGGACUGCUAAUUCGAUCAGGAAAGUGACCUUACAAGGGGGUUUUCAUCCUUUUUUCCUCUGUCUUCACUUCAGAAUUACCCCUAAGCUGUCUGUCUUCCUCCCACAGGGCUAAUAGCAACUGCGGGAGGAGGCAGUGAUUUACAGAGGGAAACACCACGAAAGCAAAAGUUGAUGCCACUCACAUUUUUGGUUUCUUGAUCAAAUUAAAGCAUGAUGUAAUUGCUUAGAAGUGUUUAGAAAGAGAAGAAGAGCUAUCCAAGUCUAUUUUGACCCUCAUGCUCAUAUUUCCAACGUUUUUGGUGGCUCACAUCUUGGUCUGUGGCCUAGUUCUCAUAGGAUGAUAAACCUGUCCUAGGACUGAACCACUUCAGACAGAAUUGAUGCCUCACAAACAAGAAAUCGUUCCACAUAGUAAAACUGACAGUUAAGUCCUAGCUUUUUACUUGAAUGCUAGUUUUCUAUGUGCAGGGAUUCUUUUUUUCUUAUAUGGCAAGCAUUGAACAUAUAUAAAUGUGAAGCUGCCUUAUACUGUCACAAUAUCGACCCAGCUGGCUCAAUAUUGUCUCCUCUGACUGCCAGCUGUUCUCAGGCAGAAAAAAAGACUUUCCCAGCAUCUGUUACCUAAGGUCCUGUAAGUGAAGAUGCCAGGGAUUGAAUCCAGGACUUUCUGUAUGCAAGCCAUGUGCUUUUCUUUUGUGCCACACGUGAGUCUGAAGUGAUUCAUCCCAGUAACAGAUUUAAUACUGUAUUGAGAAUAAGGUCAACAUCACUUCUUGGGGCCAAAUUACAUGUUACACAAGUUCAGAGCUCCUGCAACUGCUUUUGAGUCCAAAUAAAGAUGUCAGGAGACUGCUUCCCAGAUCUGCUUUAAGAUGUAUUUUGGCCCCUGAUGUCUGCAUGUUCUUCUAGCCCAGUUAAUGUCUAGCAUGGCAAAACACUGUAGUCUACAUGGAAUAUUGGAUACCAAAAGCAUGGUGGGUGUAUAUAAAUAAUAGCAGAACCCUAGCAUUUGACAUUUCAAAUCCUUGAUUUUUUAAAAAUUAAUACAUUAAUACUCAGUUUAGUUUACAGUACUUCAAAAUGAGGAUGAUAAGUCAAUUAAACAUGUAGUGCCUCUUAUCUGUAGGCAUUUAUAUUAGGCUACAGAUUCAUACUCAACUGUUGAAUUUUUAAAGUUGGUUCAGUAUCUAUAGAAUCUUGAACUGUGUGAAUGGAGCAUCAUGCUGUAUCACUUCAUUUAAUGCGUUUUCUACAUAUAAAGGUCUCAUCAUCCAUAUUUAAGUUCAGAGUGUGUCUGUAGGCAGGAUCCAUCCGUAAUGUCUCUCCCUGAUUAACUGUUGUGUAUAGUUCACAUGUUGUCCUUGCACAUUAUAUCAGUUGUGUUUGUGUCAUUUACACCUUUCAAAGUCCCCCUAAAAUUGAUUGUGUAUAUGUCUAUGCCAGGUACGUCCUGGUAUAUAAUUGCUGUGACCAGCCUCUGAAAAUAAAUGUGCCAUUGUCCAACAAAAUGCACUUACUUUAGCCUUAAUUAAAAGAAAAUGAACCAUAAAGAUGGAAUAUUUCACAUGGGUCAUCAUGAAACUUUGCUGCUGGUGUUUGUUAAAACUAAAAAUGAUUAACUUUAAAUGCUACCAGAAUGUGUACCAGUCGGAUUUUUUAAAAGUAAAAUAUGGAUUCCACAAUCUCAGUUUUAAUUUUAGUGCAAUAUUUUCAUGUAAUGCAUGUGUAUUUGAAUAACUGUAUACAAAAAGAAGCUUUUUUAAAAAAGGUUUUGAGAUAAAAGGUAAACUGUCUUAACCAACAACGUAUAUUCUGUUAUUGCUGCUGUGUUGGCUUAUUUAAGGACUUGUUUUAAAAGUCUGGUUGUCACUCCUUGUAAAUCCCUUCUUACCUGUGCUCAAAUGAGCAUGGUUCUUACAUUACAAGGAGAAAAUCUAAAGAGCACAUUUAAUAUAGCUGUUAAUAAAUGACUUGUGCAUAUCAUUGUACAGUAUGUGUCAACUGUGUGCCUAAUGGUUCUAUUGAUAUCCCCCCUUUUCUUUAGCAAAGAAUGAAAACAAAUUUGAAUGGCAAGGUCGGGGUUGUUUUUUUUCCAUCCUGAACAACUAAGAACUCUUAAGUUUUUCCUUUGGAGUUUGCAUUAUGUUUUGUUCAAUAGAGAAAGCUCAGAAAAAAUACACUAAUAAAGUAUUAACAA